AUGCUUUUCACAAUUAUUGCUUACGAUCUUUUCGUUUUCAUAUCGUUCGCAAAUUCCAGUGCACACGAAUAUCGACUUCUUCAGGACCUACGUGAGAAUUACGACUAUUUCGAAAGGCCCGUAAAAAAUAGUAGUACCGCAUUGCCGAUCAAAGUUCGUCUCUUCCUGAAUCAAAUUUUAGAUGUGAAUUGGACAGAUUAUAAACUAAUAUGGGAUCCUAAGCAUUACGGUGGUAUAAGCGAUGUAAGAUUUUCUGGUCAUAGUACGGCACCAAUUAGAAUUUGGAAACCAGAUGUGUUACUCUUUAACAGCGUUGCUGAAACAUUCGAUUCAACAUUUUCGUCAAAUUUUAUCGUAAAACAUACCGGUGAAGUUAUACAGAAUCCACCUGGAAUUCUAAAAUUUGGAUGCGCAAUCGAUAUAACUUGGUUUCCAUUCGAUGAUCAAAUAUGUUUCUUGAAGUUUGGUUCGUGGACCUAUUCGGGUGAAUUUAUCGAUUUGGAUAUGGAUUUAACUGGUAUGAAUGAAGGAAUAAACGAUACUGAAUAUUCUUCGAUUCCAUUUCGCGAUAAAGAUGAUCCCGAUAGCUAUUUCGUUUUCGAUUCUAUCGACCGAACAUUUUACAUUGAUAAUGGCGAAUGGUCAUUAUUA